UGAAUGAUUAGAGGAAUUAUUGUAGGUAAUUUUAAGUAAAAUUUUAUUGGUAAACAACCUUUUAUAUAUUGUUAACCAUGUCUGGAUCUAGGGAGGAAAAACUGAAUGAGGCCACCCCUAAAGAGUUAAUUAGUUCAUUGUGUAGAAAGAGGAGUGUGCACAAACGCAAGGUCACCAUUAACAUCAAUAAGUUAAAUGAGUUGAAUGAGGCUAGACAGUUGACCCCCUCUUUCUGCAAAAAAUGUUUAAAGGAGACUGAAGCUGAGCUGCAAGAAAUCAAGAAUUAUGAUAGAGAAAUUAAUGACAUUAUAGAUCAGCAUGAUUUGAGUGUUCAUGAGGAGACAUACUUUUGUAAUGAGCUAGACUCCCAAGUAGGUUACUCGGUGCAAAUCAGCACAGACUUGGACCAAUAUUACGUGAAUGCUCAAAGAGAACCCGCUGGUAAUGAUUCGGUUGAUAAAUUCCAGGAAGUAAUGACUAAUUUAAACCUAGGUGAAAGUAGGCCUCCACCUCUACAAUGUGGAACCUUUACAGGGAAGGAGAAAGAUAAAUUUGCCUUCAAUACCUUCCUAACAUAGUUUAAUAAUGUUAUCAGUUCCAGAAAAAAACUUAUCUGGCUCUGCCAAACAAUUGUACCUGUAUGGGUAAUUAGGGAUUAUGCUGUUUCAGUAGUCAAACCCUUAACCAUCUCAGAUGCCAACUACCACCUGGCCAUUCAGAUGCUUAAGCAAGAGUUUCUGGAUGUGAAAUACAUCAUAGAUGAAACUUACAAGAACAUUUUAAAAGCAGCACCUACUGGGGAAUUUGACUCUGAUUAUACUUCUGUUAAAGUUUAUUUGAAUGAAAUGAGGUCUUACCUACACGAGUUAAAGGCUCAUGAUGUUGACCUACUAACAGAGGAAACUGCUGGACACUCAUUAAUUAGCCACUUUGUUUUUGACAAACUACCCGUGGCCUUAAAGAGAGAGUUGGUACAUAGGUUGUCCAAUAGUUCUCCUACCUUAACUGACAUUUUUUGCCAAUAUUUUGGCUCUAAGGGACAUUCUCUGGGAAAAUGCUCUAAGUUCCCUAAAUAUGAAGAUAAAGUCGAAAGACUUAGAGAUUUGUCCUUGUGUACAAGAUGUGCCGGUUCAGGACACGUUGAAUCUGCUUGCUACGGCAAGCAAAAUAAAUUAAAGUUUGCAUGUCAGUUGUGUAAAAAGAGGGAACACUUAACUUCUCUGUGUCCUUUGCAAGAUAACAAAUCAGACCCCAGACUGAAGACCAGCGUAAGUUUGUGUCUGGCUCAGAGAAGCCUUGAUUCAUCAAAAAUGCUUCCUACUAUGACAUUGAAUUUAAGGAAUGGAAAGAAAGGUAGGAAGGUGAGAUGUUUAAUAGACACAGGUAGCCAAAGGUCUUAUAUAUCGGAAACAGCUGCUAAAGAUCUGUGCCAGGACGUCAGUGGAUUACAUGCCUUGGAAUGUGAAGUAGGCACAUACCUUGGCCAAGAGACGAGAGAAUUCAAACAGAUGUCCACGGGGAUAAAACUAGAAAAGAGAUUAGUUUUUGUCCCUUUAUUAGUGGAUAGAACUCUAAACAUAACUUUUGAAGUCCCAGGAAUGAAUGAAGUUAUUAAUAUCUUCAAAAAUAAGAACAUUGGCCUUUUAGACGAGACCUUUUAUUUAAGUCCUCAAACCAAAACUACGAUCAACCUGGUAAUGGAUCCUCUCAAAUCUUAUUUCAAUUCAUUAGAACACAUCUUGGAGGAUAGUGAGGUUGACAAUGGACUUGAACAUCUCUUUAGUUCAGAGUCCAUGGGCAUAAAGAAAGACGACCGAGAAUUGUUGUCCUUUGAUAAAGACCAAAUUGAUGAGUUUAAAGAAGGAAUAACUUUCAAGGACAGAUAUUAUAAUGUAGAGUUGCCCUGGUAUCCUGAUAAAAUAAAGUCAGUUCCUUCAAAUAAAUUUGUUGCUCUAAAAGUACUAGACCGGACAGUGGACCAUCUAAAACGAAAAGGACUCAUCAACAAAUACCAAGAGGUGUUUGAUAAACAACUUGAGGAUGGUAUAAUAGAGGAGAUUAAGGUGAAACCUUCUGAUUAUGAUAAAUAUGUUUGGAUUCCUCAUAGGCCAGUCAUUAAGAUGGAAGAACAGGUAACAACUAAAAUAAGACCUGUCUUUAAUUGUUCUCUGAAAACUAAUAAGGAAUUACCCUCACUUAACGAGGCUGCCUAUCCCGGAAUAGACUUAAUGGGUUCUAUCCUAAAAUUGCUUUUUUACUUCAGAACAAACAAAACGGUAAUGCUUAGCGACAUAAAGCCAGCAUUCCUUAUGGUCAAAUUAAAGAAUGAAGCUGACCAGAAUAAAUUUUGCUUCUGGAGGAGAGGAGACAAACUAGUAGCUUAUCGCUAUAAAAGUAUAGUUUUUGGUUAUAUAUUUCGUCUCCUUUCAGAUUAAACUAUGUCAUGAAACAUCAUGCUGAAACAUUUCCAGAAGACAAAUGUAAGCAAACACUACUAAUUAAUAAUUUUUAUGUGGACAAUUUACUGAUAACUGGCAUGAUCUCACUGAAAUGAAACGUUUGAACAGAGACUUAGAAAUGUUGUCCAACCCAGACAAGCACUCAACAAGCAAGAUUUUUAUGGACUGCAUAUCUUUUGUGAUAGCUCAGUAGAGUCCUAUGGCUUUGUAGCCUAAGCUCUGAGUGAAGAUAAUAAGGCCUCUUACCUCUUUUCUAAGGCAAAGGUGGCUCCUCUAAAUAAGAGAAAUGAGCAUAAAAUAACUACUCUAGAAUUGAUGGGUGUAAUUUUAGCCUUUAAAUGUUUACCAGUAAUAAUAGAAGCCUACAACAAUAUAAAAUUCCAAUUCAUCAACAUCUCAGUUGAUGCCCAGGUUGUCCUAAAUUGGCUAAUUACCAAGGAACCCAAAGUAAAGUCCAAGUUUGUCAGGAAUAGAGGAAUAAAGGUAGAAGGCCUGAAGAGUGAAAUAACAAAACAAUUCAAACUCCCAGUGGUAUAUCACUAUGUAAACACAGCAGAAAAUCCUGCUGAUACGACCACUGAGGGAUUAACGUACAGCAAGUAUAUAAUUAAGCAAACUAAAAUUCUGGCUUGAAGGUCCAGAUUGGCUAACAAAUCAUUUUGAGAAGUGGCCUCAGUACCCUUUGCUAAGCAUUUCUUCUAAUCAUAAACAUCAGAUAAGUACGGCCUUAAUACUUCCCAAAAUAAUAAAGUAAAUACAGGCAUACUUAACAUAAAUAAAUAUUCUGAUUAUGAUCAAUUAUUGAGAAGCACAGGAUACUUAUUUAAGUUCCUAAGCAAAUUGAAGGGUUAUGAUCCUAGAAGGAAAGCCAAUGAAUGCUGGAUCAAAAUAGCUCAAGCAGAAUGUUUUGCUGAUGCAAUUGCCUAUCUGAAAGAGAGUGCCAUCAAUAAUGCUAAAGUUCCUCCUUUAGUAAUGAAUCUUAACUUAUUCCUGGAUGAAAAGGGAAUCCUGAGAUCUAGAGGCAGGAUAGCAAAGUGUUUGUACUUCAGUUUCGAUGUGCAUAACCCUAUAAUGCUCCCCAGAAAGCACAGGUUCACAUCAUUACUAAUAAAUUACUGCCACUUGAAAGUACAACAUUUAGGCAUAGGCAACACUCUGAAUUACCUAAGGGAACAAGGAUAUUGGAUCCCUAAAGUAGGGCAGCAGUCAAGUCAGAGUUGAGCAACUGCACCACAUGUACCAAGUAUAAUGCAUUAGCAUUCAAGUAUCCUAAAUUUACUAACAUGCCCAAGCACCACAUGAACCUGAUUAAGCCCUUUCUGCAUGCAGGUGUAGACUAUACAGGUCACUUUUGGGUUAAAGAAGAAAGCAGUGUAAAUACAGAAAAGAUGUAUACGUAUUCUGGUGUUUACUUGUCUCAACAUAAGAGCAGUCCACUUUGAACUACUCCCUGACAUGUCUUCUGAAAACUUUAUUUUGGCUUUUCAAAGAUUUUGCAAUAGGUGCUCCAUUCCUCAGUACUUGUAUAGUGAUAAUGCCAAGUCAUUUUUAAAGGGUGGAUCCAUACUUGAAAACUCUCUAAGGUCCGAGGAAGUUAAAUCUGAGCUAGAGAAGUGUAACAUAAACAUAUUAGAAUACCCUUAUACUCAGCUUGGGUUGGCUCGGCCUGGGAAAGACUUAUCAGAGUACUGAAAGGCAGCCUUUAUAAGGCAGUAGGAAGAGCCAAGUUGACAUACUUUGAGCUUUUAACAAUGCUCUCUAACAUUCAACUUGCUAUAAACUCAAGGCCUUUGACAUAUAGGUCUUGCUCUGAUAGUCUAGAGUUCAUAACACCUAAUUCCUUCCUAAGACUACAUGGCAAUUCCUCACUGAUACUCAGAGAAGAUGCUAGUGAGGUUUGGACUGAUGAUCAAAGCCAACCAUCACUAGAAAAGACCUUAGAAGUACAAGAGGAAAUAAUAGAAAACUUUAAGAAGCUGUGGUAUGAGAGCUAUUUGCUGAGCCUUAGAGAACAUAGUAGAAAUUUAUAUCAAAGUGGCUGGGAAAAUAGAAUUAAAUAGGAGACAGUAUUAGUUAAGGCCCUGAACAAACCUAGACCCUUUUGGAUGAUGGGCAAGGUUUUGGAAUUAAUUGCAAGUAAUGAUGGCAGUAUAAGGACUGUCAAGCUUAAGCAAAGUAAUGGGCCUAUUGAAUACCACUCUGUCUGCAAUCUCUACCUGUGAGAGGUCCAAAGAAACACCAGCUUCCUCGUCCUUGUUUACUGGAGUAGUGAUACAUCCUCUCGUGACAAAGGGGAGGCCGUGACUGCCUUUGUGUUGGUAGUGGCGCGAGGCGUGAGCUGGCGCCGUGCGGUACAAUGUUGCCACGUCUUAGGUAAUACAUCUCACAUCUCCCCCCCCAAGUAAAUAGUACAUCCUUGAACCAUGACACUGACAUGUAAGGGAAAUACAUUUACAUAAAUAAUUGUCCUACAUACAAAGUUAUGUGUAUGUGUGUGUGUAGCAACAAUUAAUACUGUGUGAACGAAAUCAAAUCUGUAGAACAUAACAAGACAGAACAGACUUCCUCAACUUAAUAACUAACUCCCGAAGACACUACGUACACUAAUGUGGCUGAACAUAAUCUGCCAUCCAUGCUGGCUGUCUCCGCUGUCUCGCAGGUCGUACAGCAUCCCAUGAUGUUCUGGAUGAAGGUGAAGUUGCCAGCGUCCUCUGCUGCAUAGGGGGUGUCUGUACGUCAGCAGGCGUGGGCUGCAAUGGUGGUGUGCUGACCUUGAGGUACCAACGGUUGCAAAGACACUCUGCCGCUGCCUGACAACCUGACUGCAUACUGCCUGUGAGGUCUAACUUCCAUGACCACGCCAGAC